GAGAAUUCCCCUGCUCGGAGCCUGUUUGCUUUGAUAAUUAGGCAAGGCGGCGAGGGACGUUAUGGAAAACAUGUGGAAGAUCCCAGACAAUGGAAAUUGCUCCAUUGGGCUUCACAACCCCCAACUGAGGAUCCCUUGCUGCAUGCCAGGAUGGAUCUGAGCUCAGGAAAGCAGGAGAACCAGAGGCUGAGAAGUGAGGCGUCAUCCGAAGUUUCCAACACGGCUCAGGUGCUUUGCAUGUCCCUCGUGCCUUUGUGGCAAGGAUGUUGGGGCAUUUCAGAGACAUAGAGGGACCAGAUCUCCAUGCCUGCACCCCACAAGAUGCUCAGAACUGAUGACAACAAGAAAGCAAGACCGAGCACCUGGGAGGAACUUCCAGAGACUGACGUCUGAAGAGUAAAACCAGCUCCCUGCAGCAACGGGAAGAAAGAUCCUCCAAUCUGUCCCCCAGCACCCCCCCUCCCCCCCCCACACACACAAUCUCACACUCACACACGUGUGCAUGCACACCCACGCACAGAGGAGAGCUUUAUUUAUUUAUUUAUUUAUUUAAUUUAUAUAUUUAUUGAAAAUUUAUUUAAAGUAUUUAUUGGGAAGAUGGUUUGCUGGCAUCGCUGAUUCCCCGGAGAAAGGGAGCAGCUUUGAAACCCACUUUGGAAAUAUUAUUAUUAUUUAUUAUUAUUAUUACUAUUAUUAUUAUUAUUAUUACUAUUACUUAUUUAUUCCCCCCAUCCAUUCCUUUCCUCGUGAUGGUGAUGACGAUGUAAACUGGAGGAGCUUUAUAGGAAAUAGAAAGCGAUUUCACUGUGUAAUCCUCCCUAUAUCUAUUUAUUCAUCUAUCCAUUUGCCUACCAUAUCUAUCUAGCUGUCUGUCUGUGUGUUUGUCCAUCUAUCUGUCUUUCUGUUUACCUCUCUAUCCUCGUACACUCUGUCCGUCUCUCAGUCCAUCCAUCCAUCCGUCCCUCUUAUUCCAAGAUGAUGCUGAACUCAGACCAGACUGAGAUCGACCUGCCCCCGACGCACUCGGAGACAGAGUCGGUCUUCAGUGACUGCGGGGGGGUAGGCGGCCGCGGGGGGGGCCCCGAAGACGCCGGCAGCGUCGGCCUGUGUGGCCAGUCCCGUGUGGCAGAGCCGGGUGAGGCGCUGAAAAAGGACCUGCAGCACCUGAGCCGGGAGGAGCGCCGCCGGCGGCGCCGGGCCACGGCCAAGUACCGCACAGCCCACGCCACGCGGGAGCGCAUCCGCGUGGAGGCCUUCAACAUGGCCUUUGCCGAGCUGCGCAAGCUGCUGCCCACGCUGCCACCGGACAAGAAGCUCUCCAAGAUCGAGAUCCUCCGCCUGGCCAUCUGCUACAUCUCCUACCUGAACCACGUGCUGGACGUCUGACCGCCCCACUCUGCCCUCCAUCCGUCCGUCUGCCCGCUGACUACCCGACCUGAAGCACAUGCUGGACAUCUGAGCCGCCUGGCCCCUGCCCUCCAUCUCUCCAUCCAUCCAUGCAACAGAGCAUCCAUCCAUCCAUCCCCUGUAUGUCCCACCUGAACAGAGUGCAUGCGGGUCUGAGCCUGGGUCUGUCUGUCUGUCUGUCUGCCUGCUGUAUCUGCUACCUGAAUGAUGUACUGGACAUUUUCUAUGAUUUUAUGACAUCUGAGCUCCCCAGUCCAUAUGCACCUCGGGAUGUCAGAGCUCCCAAGCCAACGGCCGUCUGUCCGCCUGCAUUGGACCCUGCACAACCCAUGAGUGGUUGAUGCCGUGUCCAUCCAUCUAUCCAUCCCCACGUGCUCACUCCCUCUGUCUGUCUGUCUCUCUAUCCCAUCACGUACCCCAAAAGCCUCUGCCUGUUGGUAUGUGUCUGUUCGCUGGUCUGUCCAGGGCUUUGCUCACAGCCCUCAGCCUCUCCGUCCAUUUGGGGUUUCAGCUGAAAGUCAAGAGACAAAAAAACAACUGCAAGAGUUUUCUCCAACAUUUAGCUCUUACCAGUACUCCUGGGUCCUAUCCCCUCCCUGCCGCUGACUUGCCCAGGGGGAUAGGGGUGCCCCCUUUUCCCCCCUCUCUGUACCUCAGUUUCCCCUCUCCCGUAAAAGCAGGGAGAAUGAUACCUACCUCUGUCUUGCGAAGACUUGUCCGUGAAUGUCCACAGCGUGCUCGGAGAUCCCUGGGAGGAGAGAAGUGGCAGAGAGACACGGCCGUGGCAAACGGAGGAGGAUUUCCCAGCCCUGCGUGGCUCAGCUGGAGCAACAGGCAGACAGACACACAGA